AUGUCUACAGUGAUUGUUUUCGGACCAACAGGCAAUGUCGCUUCUGUCGCGGCAGCCACUGCCCAGGAGCAUGGCGCAACGGUUUGGCUAGCUAUGCGAGAUCCGCAAAAGCCCAUCCCUGGCCUCACUCCAGAGCAUGAGCAAGGGGGUGGAUUUAAAAGGGUCCAGGCCGAUUUGACCAAACCUGACACCGUGGCUGCAGCUGUCAAAACUUCAGGGGCGAAGCGGGCAUUCAUUUAUGUUGCCAUCGGCUCUCCGGACCACAUGCGGUCUACGGUCACAGCCCUUAAAUCUGCUGGCAUCGAAUUUGUUGUAUUUCUGAGCAGCUACACUAUUUCAGGAGAGAUACGUGGUGUUCCACCGAGUGAUUUGAUCGCAUACUCUCACGCACAAGUGGAGAUCAACCUCGAUGAGGUUCUUGGGCCCGAAAACUAUGUGGCUGUGCGGCCUGGCGGGUUCGCAACAAAUAUACUAAGAUUUAAGGGGGGUAUUAAUGCCGGUGAGGUGAAGAUUUUCGGCUCUAGUUUCCAACUCGACGGUAUCACACCUACCGACAUAGGCCGAGUCAGCGGUACCAUACUGGUGCAAGGUCCAAAAAACGGACAACAGAAAGUGUAUCUGUAUGGCCCGCAAGUCAUGUCACAGGGAGAUGCUAUUCAGACUGUUGGAAAGGCCUUGGGUAUAGACGUCAAGCUUGCGGAUAUUAGCCAGCAGGAGGGCUUGGAUCAGUUUCUACAGAAUGGCGUUCCCAAGCCUUUCGCGGAUUAUAUGAUUCGAGUACUUGCGGCUGCAGCUGAGGAACAAAAGAGUCGUACAGACUAUGAAACCGGUGUUGAAAAUGUCCGCUUGUAUACUGGCAAGCCGAGCAUGAGAUUCCAAGAGUGGGUGGAAUUAAACAAAGACCUUUUCAGUUCUUAG